UGACGAAGGACGAGGACUGAUGGCGUCUCCUCCGACUUGUCUACGUCGUCAGAAGAAGGAUCGAAAUCCACUACCAAUCGAUGAAUCUCUCGGAACUGAUGGUGUCUCCUCUGACUUGUCUCGUCUUCCACCUCAAAAGAAUGAUCGAAACCCAUCACAAUAGACGACUCUCUCGGUCAUCACGGCGUCUUGUCCGUUGGUUCUCGUCUUCUCCGACGUACGACGACUCUAUCAGUCCUCACGGCGUCUCCUCCUCCGGCGGGCGAUGUCUUCAGUUUGGAGAUCAGCUUCUGGACCUAUCAAAGCAUAUGCUUCACCGACAGCUGAAACAGCUCGACUCCAAUGGUGCAUGAUUCCACCGCUAUUGUGAAUAGAAAUAAUGGUUGAGAAGAGAGCUCUCUUUCUUCAAGCGCUGACAUGGAGAAAAACAUAAAUGAUCUGAAAGGGAAAGAUCUGCUUAAACGGCUUCACGAAGUUGGCACACUUGCUCAGAUUUCAAGUAUCCAAGGAGAUCAAGUUAUCCUCGUUGGUCAUAGACGGCUUCGCAUAACGGAGAUGGUGAGUGAAGAGCCACUUACAGUCAAAGUCGAUCAUCUUAAGGAUAAGCCGUUUGACAUGGACGAUGAUGUCAUCAAGGCAACAUCCUUUGAAGUUAUUUCAACGCUUAGGGAUGUACUGAAGACAAGCUCACUGUGGAGAGACCACGUCCAAACAUAUACCUAGGUAUUUUAUUUUCUCUUCAUGAUAAAAAAAAAGUCUCAGGAUACAAGUAUCUUAGUAGAUGUCUUUCAAACUUGUGUAGCAUAUAGGUGAA